AUAACACGGAUACAGCUAACAGCGGAAAAAGGGAAAAAGCCAAUCAGAUCAUUUUACAUGUAUUACGUGUCAUGGAGACAGUGGAUACCAUAUCAAGUUGACGGCAAACUAAAGGUUUUCAGUGGAAACAGUCGUACAACAAAACCAUUAACUCACAUUCUUCCCAUACCAAUUUUCACCACUCUCAUAAAGAUAUUUCCAAUUCCUUAUGGAACAACGGCAUGCGGUGAAUUCACCUUCAUUGGAUGUCAUAGCCCACGCGACGAUCUUUGCACCGAGGAAGAGAAAGAAGUGUUCACGGAUUGUAUUGCUCGUAAGCUGCCUCCGCAAUGCAGUCUUGGUUUUAUUGGAAAUGGACAUAUUUGUCGGGACCUGAACGAGUGCGAUGUUAAGACUGGAGCCUACUGUGAUCGAAACAGUCUGUGUCGGAACAAACACGGAUCCUUCACGUGCGAUCCAUGCAAGAACAGCUUCAUCGGCGAUGGCCGCAUCUGUCAAACGUCCUGUGAAGCAAUGGGUAUCACGUGUGGUGCAAACUCGUAUUGUGACGUCGACGAGUGUAAAUGUUACGAGGGAUUCAUUCAAAACGGAACUCGAGGUUGCGUUGACGAUCCAACCUUCGAAAAGGCCAAUGAACCGCCUACAGCCAUGCAACCCGACGAAAUUGACGGUCUUUGCCCAGACGGAUUUUUCAACUGUUACGGCGAUGUUGUUGGUACCAUUGAUAAAUUGAGGAAAGCAACGAUGAUGUUUGAACACUUCGACUACCACGAUGAUUGUAAUAAUUAGUUCAACUAUCAAAAAUAUCAUUUUUCAUAAUGAAUAUGUAUUUUAAUACUUCAUUC